AACUGAUCCACAUGCAUAGUAGGGUAGUUCGUCUGCUGGCGGAGGUGUGAUUUGCUUCUGCCAAGACAGGCCGGGUGUCAAGACCGCUGAAGACUACGAGCGACAGCUAAAGCUGCGCCUUGGUCAAAGGGACUUGGGGAAUAAGGUAGUGGCGGUUGAGCUUAUAGGUUGAUUACGAUAACGUUUCAACCGUUCGAUUCGAAGGAUUUUCGAGAUGUCUUCGCAAACGUUGACAAUCAAACUGUCCCGGGGAGAAAACACACCCUGGGGGUUUCGUAUACAAGGUGGAAAGGAUUUUAGUUCACCCUUAGUCAUUCAAAGAGUGAACCCGGGAAGUUUGGCGGAGAAUGCUGGGUUACAGUCUGGCGAUGGCGUUCUCAAAAUCCAGGGCCAAGCCACGGAAAAUAUGCGUCAUAAGGAGGCGCAGGAUACAAUUAUCAAGGCCGGGAAUUUCCUAGAGAUGCUGAUUCAAAGAGGAGGAAUGAGGAUUUGGAGACCCACAGUGACAGUUGGUGUAGACUCUAGUAGCCCUGAUGUCAAACCAGUCACCAAGACAUCUCUGGCUGCAACCAAACAGGAGUCUUUGAAUAUCGGAAGCAAACAUAAUGUAAGUGCUAAACCUUUCAUCACUGGAGAGGACGGACAGAUGAAAACAAUUGUCCACAACCAGUACAACUCUCCAGCCAACAUCUAUUCCAUGAACAACAUUACUGAUACUCUUUCAGCACAGACUGAAAUCUUGACAACUGGGGCCAAGGGGAUCAAUUUUAUGAAGGAGCAGCAGCCUGUGAACAAAGAUUCUGCUGUGUAUAGGAUGGUGCAUGAAGAGGAUAUCCCAGUUGCCACAGGUGAAGAUGAUGAAAUGAGCUUUCAGGGGAUAUCAAAUCCCAGUACCCAGUCCCAAGCUUUUCGUAAACUCCAAAUGGCUUUAGAUAGGGGGGAAGAAUCUCCUACUCCUGCAAGUGGAACAGUAAAACAUGUGGAAGUUCCUAAACCAAAACCCCAAUCUGAAAAACCUGUAGAACCCUCAGCCAAUCAGAAUCUUUGUGCUGAAUGUGGUCGUCUAAUUGUUGGAGUGUUUGUGAGGAUAAAGGACAAGAACCUUCAUUCAGAGUGUUUCAAUUGCAGCACUUGUGGUAAUUCAUUGAAAAAUGCAGGAUAUUUUAACAUCAACGACAAACUGUAUUGCGACAUCCAUGCUAAACAAGCAGCCAAGAUCAUAGCCCCAAAUCUUGAGGCAGUACCAGUAGCUCCUGGUCCAGAACCAAUUGCCAGCAUUAUGGAGGAAUCAAGUGGAUUUUCAAUCCCCUCUGAUGCUCCUGUCAUUGGAGUUGGCCAUACCCCUCCUGCUGCUCCUGAAGUAACUUCCAAACCAGUUUUGACAACACCCCUAGCACCUACUACUCCAACAAGUUAUAGCAAUGUGUCUCCCAUACCGUUCCAUCGUAGCACCUCAGAGGUGCACCAUGUUGAUGCACCUACAAGCCCACAGCCCCUGCAGUCGCCACCAGUUUUCGUUCCAAUAAGUGGCCCUCCUUCAGCUGACAGGCCUGGUGUUUUCCCUGCUGUGAUUCCUGAGCCCACUAAGGCACCAGUUCCUGCACCAGCUCUGGCUCCAGCAACUACUCAGUUUACUCAUCCUCAAACUGCACCAGUUGUUGAUGCUCAUCAUCCUACUCCAGGUGGCGCUAAGUUUGUUUGGCCACCUCCCAAACAGCCUGUGCAGACUUAUGAGCCCACUAUAGAAUCAAAUGCUACUCCUUCAAUCCCAUCUUAUCGCCCUCCUCCCGGUACACAACAUGUAAGCCAUGCAUCUGCUGCAUUCACUAAAGGAAAAGGAGCCACUCAGUUUUCAGCUCCUCAGGCUCCUGCUUCCACCUGGAAACCCCCUUCAGCUUCCACUGUACCUCCUCCCACUACACCUAAAUCUCCAGGCACUCAGAUACAAGCUCCCUCCUGGAAGACUCCCACUACUCCCACUAGCACCCAACCACCUCCUACUUUUUCUCCUAAAAGUCCUCCAAUUGUUGCCCCUAAACCCCAUCCUCCUGCUCAGACUUCUACACUCUCUGGCAGCCCUGCAUGGUCAUCAUCCCCCUUGGGAUCCAUUUUAGGUGGACUACCAGGAUCAGGUUCUCGUCCAGCCCCUCGUCGUGGACGGGGUCAACUGAAGCCUCAGGCCUCCCCAGGAACACGCAUCCCUAUUUGCGCUGUGUGUGGCACUCCUAUUAGAGGUCCCUUUGUAACUGCUUUGGGAAAGACCUGGUGUCCUGAACACUUUCACUGCUCCAAUGCCCAGUGUCACCGUCACCUGCAAGAUGUGGGCUUUGUUGAAGAACAGGGCCAGCUUUACUGUGAAUUAUGCUAUGAAGCAUACCUGGCUCCUGCUUGUGCUAAAUGUGGCAACCGGAUUAAAGGGGAUUGCCUCAAUGCCCUUGACAAGCAGUGGCACCCUGACUGUUUUGUGUGUAACUACUGCAAGCAACCUUUUGGCAACAGCUCUUUUUACCUGGAAGAUGGAUUGCCAUAUUGUGAGAAAGACUGGAAUGAGCUAUUUACCACCAAAUGUGUGGGUUGUGGAUAUCCCAUUGAGGCUGGGGAUCGCUGGGUAGAGGCUCUAAACAAUAAUUACCACUCCCAGUGCUUCAAGUGUUCUAUCUGUCAUAAGAAUCUUGAAGGCCAAAGUUUCUAUGCCAAAGGUGGACGUCCUUUCUGCAAGGCCCAUGCUCGAUAAUUGACCAGUCAUAUGGUACUAAUUACAUGGCUACUCAAACAGACUGUGUGUUAAACAAGGAAAAAUCCCUAAUUAGUGCAACCACCCCAAUGUUGCUAGGUCAAAUCUUAAUUUUAUAAUGUUUGUUUAAUAAUAUACUAUGAUGUUUGUGUUAAGGCUUGAAAUAACUUAUCAGUACUUAGUUAAGUAUGGAAUACAGAUGAAAAUUGAGGAAAAUUUUAAUUUAUGAGUACACAUGGAUAUCGGAUGAUUUAGCUUGAGAAAGUUUGUAUGUGUAUUUACUGUAAAGAUAUGCAAAAGUACUUAAAUGGUGCUGAUGUUACACUUACAAAACAUUACUCUGAAACUUGCUAUUUUAAUUUUUUACCAAUAUGAAAGUAAAACUUUCAUUAGUAUGACAGCAACAUAUAUUGGGUGUUCAAAACACUUAGUUAUUUGUAUUUUAAAACUUUUUGUUUGAAAUUAUAGGUGCUAAAAUCUAUUAUCAAUAAUGUAAAAAACCAUUAUUAUACAUGCAUACAAGUUGUUCUUUGUUACCUCUAACUUCUUUAUUUGUUAUGCAAGUUGUUUUAAUUAAAAGAAGUUUAUGUGUGCUUUUUUUCCUGUUGAAAGUUGUGGCAGUAUUAUUAGUAGCCAGUAUAUAUAUAUGUUCAAGUUAAAAUUAAUUAGAAUAUCACUAAUAGUGGCCCUUGUUUGUGAAAAUCAAGUAAAAUGAAACUUGUGUAUGUGAUUUUUGAUUGAUGUUUCUGUCAACUAAACUCUCACUGUUCCAUUUCUUGCUUCACUAUGUUGUCAAAAGCUUAAUAAAGACAGAAGUGGUAAGUUUUAAUUUCGAGUAUGCAAAGUAAGUUUUUGUGGCAUUAGAACAGCAUCUCAAAUGGGUAAAUAUGUCCAUAAUUUAGCCUUAAUAUACAUAAGGUCUUGUGAACAACUUUACCCAUUUGUUUAUAAGUCAUUAGUGAAUUAAGUUCUCUGAAAAGAGAACACAUUUACUUAAAAACAUAUAAUUAAAAGGCAAUUCUAGAUCUGAGUUCAGUAGCAACAGCCUUUCAUGAAAGAUAAAACUGUUGAAUAUGUUAGAAGAGAAAUAAACAUUUCUCCUGCUACAUCUUGUUUGUGGAAGAGGCUAAAAUAAAAAUAUUUAAGUUCAA